AUGAUGUCCAUGAACAGCAAGCAGCCUCACUUUGCCAUGCAUCCCACCCUCCCUGAGCACAAGUACCCGUCGCUGCACUCCAGCUCCGAGGCCAUCCGGCGGGCCUGCCUGCCCACGCCGCCGCUGCAGAGCAACCUCUUCGCCAGCCUGGAUGAGACGCUGCUGGCGCGGGCCGAGGCGCUGGCGGCCGUGGACAUCGCCGUGUCCCAGGGCAAGAGCCACCCUUUCAAGCCGGACGCCACGUACCACACGAUGAACAGCGUGCCGUGCACGUCCACGUCCACCGUGCCGCUGGCGCACCACCACCACCACCACCACCACCACCAGGCGCUCGAGCCCGGCGACCUGCUGGACCACAUCUCGUCGCCGUCGCUCGCGCUCAUGGCCGGCGCGGGCGGCGCGGGUGCGGCGGGCGGCGGCGGCGCCCACGACGGCCCGGGGGGCGGCGGCGGCCCGGGGGGCGGCGGCGGCCCUGGAGGCGGCGGCCCCGGGGGCGGCGGCGGCGGCGGCGGUGGCCCGGGGGGCGGCGGCGGCGGCGGUCCGGGAGGCGGGCUGCUAGGCGGCUCGGCGCACCCGCAUCCGCACAUGCACGGCCUGGGCCACCUGUCGCACCCCGCGGCGGCAGCCGCCAUGAACAUGCCGUCCGGGCUGCCUCACCCCGGGCUGGUGGCGGCGGCGGCGCACCACGGCGCGGCGGCGGCGGCGGCGGCGGCGGCGGCCGGGCAGGUGGCGGCGGCGUCGGCGGCGGCGGCCGUGGUGGGCGCGGCGGGCCUGGCGUCCAUCUGCGACUCGGACACGGACCCGCGCGAGCUCGAGGCGUUCGCCGAGCGCUUCAAGCAGCGGCGCAUCAAGCUGGGCGUGACGCAGGCCGACGUGGGCUCGGCGCUGGCCAACCUCAAGAUCCCGGGCGUGGGCUCGCUCAGCCAGAGCACCAUCUGCAGGUUCGAGUCGCUCACGCUGUCGCACAACAACAUGAUCGCGCUCAAGCCCAUCCUGCAGGCGUGGCUCGAGGAGGCCGAGGGCGCGCAGCGCGAGAAAAUGAACAAGCCCGAGCUCUUCAACGGCGGCGAGAAGAAGCGCAAGCGGACUUCCAUCGCCGCGCCCGAGAAGCGCUCCCUCGAGGCCUACUUCGCCGUACAACCCCGGCCCUCGUCCGAGAAGAUCGCCGCCAUCGCCGAGAAACUGGACCUCAAAAAGAACGUGGUGCGGGUGUGGUUUUGCAACCAGAGACAGAAGCAGAAGCGGAUGAAAUUCUCUGCCACUUACUGA